AUGUCGUCAACAAAUCCUGAUAAAGAUCUUCCUCCAUCGAGGGAAAGUGUAACGAUUACAAAAACUAUUGAGACUACAGACCCAAAUACCACCAUAAUAGAAUAUACAACCGAAGAGACUGAAAUCAUCGAAACUAUAGUUGAGGAAACGGAACCAGAAUCCGAGACUGUUGUCAAAAUUAUUAGCAGCACCCCAGCAACUGUCACUACUACGUUUACCACAUCUACCAUCACUGAAAAUGACAAACUAGAAGAGUCAGCAUCUUCAAAUGUUACCACUAAUCAACAACAAAAUGUGACAGCUGACAUCAGUUCUCCUGACAUAAAUACCAUAUUAGUUGAGAAAAAGAUUACGGAAAUUACUCCUGAAGUUACCCAAGCAACUUCUCAUACUACAAAAGCACCAAAAAAAGAUAACGUUACAACAGAGAUGGCGUUGGCCCAAAAAAAUAAUACUACAGAAGAAGAAGAAAACUCCAAUCAUGAAGCCAAUUCUCAACCAACAAAAAUUCAAUUUCUCCCUUUAGAGAAACCCGAACGUACAAGAACCAUUGAACCUGUCCCAACUCCUGCAGUAAAAGCUCCUCCUCCUGUGGCGACUAAAGAUGAUAAAGAUGCCAAGCAUGUUGAUAUUGACGAACAUCUUCACACAGCUGAUGAAGUGGCAGAUCGAUAUAAAGUCUCGAUCAAUACCUCGAAACCUUCGGAAUCUCUUGGUCUUGACUCGAAACGAGUCGCUGAAUUAUUAAAACAGAAUGGUCAAAAUAUUUUAACACCACCUAAAAAAAAAUCGGCAUUCGUUAAAUAUUUGGAAUGCUUGUCUACCUUAUUUAAUGUCUUAUUAAUCAUCGCUGGUAUUCUAAUGUAUAUUGUGUUGGCUGUGGAUUAUGCGAAUAAUAAACCAAAUAUUUAUCUUGGAGCGAUUUUAAUUGGCGUGGCUUUGCUUAAUGCUUUUAUUGAGUUUUAUCAACUUCAAAAAUCUGCCGCAAUUCUCGAAUCAUUCUUGAGCUUAAUCCCGCAAAAAUGUAUGGCGCGUCGUGAAGGGGAAUUAAUUCAAAUUCAAGCAGCCGACCUUGUAGUUGGUGAUAUUGUAUUUGUGAAGAUGGGCGAUAAAAUACCAGCAGAUUUAUAUUUAUUUGCGACAAGUGAUAUGAAAGUCGAUAAUUCAUCUUUAACUGGUGAAGCUGAUCCUCAAGAACGUACUCCUCAUAACAGUCAUAAGAAUCCUUUAGAAGCAACAAAUCUAUGUUUUUAUGGUACUUUGUGUGUAUCAGGUGAAGGCUAUGGAAUAGUUAUUCGUAGCGGUGAUCAUACUGUAUUAGGUCAAAUUGCUGGUCUCACCGCCGGUGAAGAAAAGAACAAAUCUCCAUUAUCCGAGGAAAUUGAUAAUUUCGUGAAAAUCAUUGCUACCGUUGCGAUUGUUACCGCUAUCGUAUUCUUUUGCGUUGGCUUAAAAGUUUACGGUGGUAGUAUACCAAAAACUCUAAGUUUUGCCAUCUCAAUUCUUGUUGCUUGGGUUCCACAAGGAUUACCGGCAACGGUCACUGUAUUACUUGCUAUUGCCGCCAAAAGAAUGGCUGCUCAAAAUGUAUUAGUAAAGGAUCUUCAAGGUGUAGAAACGCUCGGUGCCAUUACUCUCUUGGCAACUGAUAAAACAGGCACUCUUACUCGAAACCAAAUGACUGUCACUUAUAUCUGGUCAUCACUUAACGUCUACUCAGCUUUACGAAGUGCACAAAAUGAUCCAAGUGUUGCUCUUGAUUUAAAUGCACCUGGAAUUCAAGAAAUAAUUCAUAUUUCUUCCUUAUGUUCUCGAGUAAAGUUCAACAGGACUGAUGUUCCAUUUGGUGAACGCGAAAUCCUCGGGGAUGCAACUGAAACAGGUUUAAUAAGAUUUGCCGCUCAAAAUGUUGACGAUUUUGAUGCAAUUAUUACUAAAUAUCCUAAAGUAUUUGAAAUUCCAUUCAACUCGGAGACAAAAUGGGCACUUACAAUUCACAAAAAGUCGCAUGAUAACGGUGAUUUAACCUUAUAUAUCAAAGGUGCUCCUGAACGUGUCUUAAGACUAUGCACCACAAUUCUUAUCGAAAAUAAAGCAAUCCCAUUGACUGAUGAACAUAAAGAAAAGUACAAUGAAAUAUAUGAAUUUAUGGCAUCCAAAGGACAUCGUGUGCUUGCAUUUGCACAACUUCUUUUACCUCGAUCCCAAUAUCCAGAAAAUCAUCAAUUCAAAAAAGAAGAAAAAAAUUUUCCAUUAGAUGGUUUUUGUUUUGUUGGAUUAGUAUCUCUCGAGGAUCCACCAAAACAUGGUGUUCGUGAAGCUAUUGGAAAAUGCCGUACAGCAGGAAUUCGUGUCAUGAUGGUAACCGGUGAUCAUCCUUUAACUGCUGAGGCGAUUGGUCGUAAGAUAAACUUAAUGUUGUCUGAUACUAAAGCAUUAGUAGCAAAACACACCGGUCGUCCGAUUGAGUCAAUACAAGAUGAUGAAUAUAAUGCAAUUGUAAUCCACGGGGAACAAAUUGACACUUUGACCGAUGAACAAUGGGACAAUAUAUUUUCAAAGAAUGAAAUUAUUUUCGCAAGAACAUCACCAAAACAUAAACUUGAAAUUGUCAAACGUGCACAGUCAAUGGGUCAUAUUGUUGGUGUAACUGGUGACGGUGUCAAUGAUUCCCCUGCAUUGAAAAAGGCUGAUUUAGGCAUUGCCAUGAAUCAAUCUGGAUCCGAUGUAUCGAAAGAAGCAGCCGCUAUGAUUUUAUUGGAUGAUAAUUUUGCUUCUACUGUUCAAGGAAUUGCAGAAGGACGUCUUAUUUUUGCAAAUUUGAAAAAAUCAAUUCGAUAUACAAUUUCACAUUCCACACCCGAAGUCUUAGUGACGCUGCUCUAUGUUCUUAUCCCAAUUCCGCUACCGUUACCACCUCUUCUGCUUUUAGUUAUUGAUUUGGGCUUUGAAUUAUUUAUUGCACUUUCUUUUGCAUGGGAUAGACCAGAGAGUGAUACUGGACUUAUGAAAUUACCACCUCGAAAGCCAGUAACUCCCGGGUCUAUUGAACGAUUUCGACGUCUUGCUCUGGAACGUACUCCAACUGUCAGAGAUCAAGAAACCGGAGAACCGAUUCCUCCGUCGAAAAUAUCAAGUUUCCUGCACAGUAUAAAGAGAGUAUUUACCUGGCGAUGGUGGACAAAUAAGUUUGAAAGUAAAGAAGGCGAAGUUUUGGUGGAUGGUGAUCUCUUAAGUUGGGCAUACCUCGAAAUUGGUACAAUUGAGGCCAUUUGCUGUAUACUCACUUUUUUUGUCGUGCUCAAUUAUCAUCAUAUCACCCCUUAUGAUGCACGUAAAAUGCAAGUAGAAGGAAAAUUUGUGGAUGGUGGAGGUUCCUAUACAACUGCCGGUGGCUACGUGAUUUCAGAGGAAGAACAAAAAGAAGCAUUAGGUCAAGCUGCCGCUAUUGUAUAUCUUUCCGUUAUGAUCCAACAAAUGUUCAACUUAUUUGCCGUUAAAGGCAGAUAUCGACUUCCUUUUGGCAAAUUUAUUUUCUCAAAUCCACGUAAUUUCGCUGGUAUACUAUUUGGUGCGAUUUUAGCCAUGUGUAUCGUAUACAUUCCUCCAUUUAAUGUUCCAUUUGGUACAGAUUAUAGACUCAACCCAAUAUUUUGGUUGAUACCCUUUGCUUUCGGUGUUUUCAUUAUUAUAUAUGCCUGCAUUCGAUUAUUGGCACUGCGGAAAGGACGACCAGUUAAUUGGAAUCCUGAUAUUCAAGGCUUACAAAUGUAUCCCACUGUACGAUCGGUGGAAAGAAAAGCAUAA